AUGUCUGACAUCGUCCACGAUGACCACCCGCGAACGCUCACGAUCCUUUUCGCCACAGAAACAGGUACAGCCCAAGAGAUCGCUGACCGCGUUGCUAUGCAAUGUCGCCGGAUACAUGUCCAAGCGAGAAUUCUUAGCAUGGACUCCUAUUCGCCGGCUGAGCUGAUAUCAGAAAAAAUGGUUAUAUUCUCAGUCGCGACUACGGGCUCAGGGAAGGAGCCACGAGCAAUGUCAAGGCUGUGGAAUAUGCUACUACGCUCCGAUCUCCCAGAAGAUCUAUUCGAAGACUUAUCUUUCGCUGUCUUCGGACUUGGAGACACGGCGUACGAGAAGUUCUGCUGGCCGGCAAAGUUACUCUCUAGGCGUCUGGCCAGCCUAGGUGCAACCGAAAUCUCUGCUCGGGGAGAAGGCGACGAGCAGCAUCCUCUCGGGUUUGCCUGGCUUCUUUGUACAUAUCUUGACAUCUCAGCAGUACCAAGGCGAUCAUUCUUCGCCAUGUUGCGCCAUUUCGUGUCGGAUAAACUUGAGGAAGAAAAGCUCGACGAGUUCUUAAGCCCGGAGGGUGCUGACGAGCUCUACGAUUACUGUCAGAAACCACGCCGAACUAUCCGCGAAGUACUGGAGGAGUUCCGUUCGGCCCGUAUACCCAGAGAAUACAUAUUCGAUGUUUUUCCCAUUUUGAGACCACGCCAGUUCUCAAUUGCGAGCUCUAUGAAGGCAGGGUUCUAUUCCGCCUUCUGUUUGCGUCAUCCCCGACAGAUCCACCUCUGCAUCGCCAUUGUGCGGUACAAGACAAUGCUGAAGGUACCACGCCGCGGCGUCUGUACUGACUACCUCGUGCACCUCAAACCUGGGGACAGAUUGCCCAUCGGACUGCAAAAGGGCCUCUUUGCACUGCCCCCAGAUACCGCGACACCAAUCAUCUGCGUUGGCCCUGGCACGGGCGCAGCGCCAAUGCGGUCCAUCAUUGAGGAACGGACGUUCCUGGGAAGCAUCGCGAACACCUUGUAUUUUGGCUGCCGUUCGGCCCACAAGGACCAGCACUAUGCCACCGAAUGGGAAGCCUAUGUCGUCGCAGGAUCUCUCACGUACCGUCCUGCGUUCUCACGUGACGAGCCCGAGGGCGCCCCUCGACGGUACGUCCAGGAUCUGAUACGUGAGGACUCGAAGCGCACAUGGGAGCUGCUCGGCGUGCAGCGUGGAUGGAUUUAUAUUUCUGGGUAUCAAGUUCUGUCCUGCCCCUUCGAGAACGUGUUGACUAAGACCAUACACUGCAGUUCCGCAAACAAGAUGCCCGCAGGCGUCAAGGCCGCGAUCAUGCAUGCUGCACAGACUGAGGGUGCAAAGACGAAAGAGCAAGCACAGGACUUCGUGUGGAUGCUGGAGAGGGAGGGGCGGCUCGUAGAGGAGUGUUGGAGCUAG